UUGUCCAUGUGUUGAGCAAUGUUUUAGUCUGCUUCAACGUGCUUUCAGUUUAACUUGAGGUUUCAUCAUAACACACGUUAACAUACUGAUUUGUGUGAAAUGUCCAAGGCUACAAAGAGAAAGCAUGUCGUAAAAGAGGUUCUUAAUGAUUAUGUUCUUCCCGAAGGAGACCAAGAGAUCGUCAGGGUUACAGCCAGUCGAGGCAACAACCUUCAUGAAGUAGAGACAGCAGGAAGCACCAGAUACCUUGUCAGUAUGCCCACCAGGUUCAGAAAGAAUGUGUGGAUAAAGAGAGGAGACUUUGUGCUGGUGGAGCCUAUUGCUGAAGGAGACAAGGUGCGAGCAGAGAUCCUCAGCAUCCUGUACAAGGACCAGAUCAAGCACAUCAAGGAUGAAGGGCUGUGGCCACCUGCAUUCCAGGAGGGAACGAACCAGGGCAAAAGUGAAACGAUUCCUGAUGACAUGCUGCCACCCAGUGAUGACUCGGAUGAAGAUCUGGCGGACAUGGUUGUAAAUACCAACAGACCACAGGUGGUGUAUGAAGACAGAGAUUCCUCAGACGAAGACGACACAGUUGAGGAUGACGGAAACAGCUGACAUCACCAAGUCAUUCCUCAUCAGGGAUAUGUACAUAGGACUCAUUAAAUGUUGAGUCAAUAUGGUUAUCAUGUUCUCAGUAUUGCAGAAGUGAAUGUGACUCGGUGAAGCGUGACUCUCUAUCAACAGCUUUUUGUCGUCACAAAUGACAAGAUAAUAGUGAGUCAUUAAAACAUAUGGAAAUUGUUAAACAACAAGGAUUUAUUGUGUAAUGGAUGAUGAGGACUCUUCCUUUCACAGAUAUUAUCAAUCAUUGACAUCAAGUCCCCAUGUUUCAUGAUGUAUUGGAUACAGAUUGCUCCUGGUAACCAGGAUGAUGUAAAUAACAAACUUCAUCAUGCACAAGUAUUGUUCAUGAAAAUACAAUGUUUACAAUGUUUUGUACAUAUUAUCAGUGUAAUAAAUGUUAAAACAUGA